UAUUGUGUCAUGCAAUAGUUAAACUGUAUUUGAGUCACAUUUUUACUUGCUGAUUCUAUUUGGUUAUUUGUAUGGCCGCCCGGUGUUCCCUUUUUUUUCCCAAGUGAGCUCAAACUUGGAACACAACAGUUCAUGUGUUUCUCCUGGUAAUCCAGGUUUCAACCAACGUUUUAGCACAUUAUACCUUCACUGAUAAACUGCGUACCUUGCCAAUAGGAAAAAAAUACUUAAUUUGCUUAAUAUGACGCUUCUGUGGUCAAAGAGCGCUGCCUAGCAUUAAAUGUUACAAAGUUCUCCGUGCCUACCUAUAUACAAACUGGAAAUAUAAAUAUGGUUGUUAGAUGAAGCGGUGUGCGACAAUUGUAAGCAAUAAGAUCAAGGCGAACGGCGUCAAAUCAGUAACCAUAAAAGCCAAUCAUAGAAAUUAAAUUAAAAUACGCAAUAAUAAUUCUAUAAUCACCGUGCAAUACGCAUACGAUAUCGCAACGAUGAAGAAUACAGUUUUCUCGACUUGGGCGUCCGUAAUCAUAAUCGCGUUGAUUUUGGCAUAUCUGCUGAUCAGGCUAUUUAAAUUGGAGAACUGGCUCCGGGCCGUACGUUUGGUUCUUAGCCUACCGAGACCUCCGGCGGUUCCGGUUUUUGGUAACGUUUUAAUGGUCAAAAAUUGCACCGAGUUCCUCGACUUCUUAAUCAAUUCCAAUCGUUAUUACGGGCUACUAACUGGAGCGUGGAUUUCUGUGAUACCGAUCGUUGUCAUUAUCGAUCCUGAGCACGCUCGCAAAAUUUUGCUCAACACGAAAGAGACUCAGAAGAACUUUAUUUAUACGUUUAUGGAUACGUUUUUGGGACAUGGAUUGCUCACUACCAGCGGGACGAAAUGGAGAACGCACCGAAAACUUAUACAACCCUUCUUCCACUUGAAUACAUUAAAUUUAUUCAUCAACACAUUCGCCGAGUCCUCCGAAAUCCUUGUACAGGAGCUCCGGGGCAAGUCGGAGGUCAAAAUGUCCACAUUCAUUAACGUCGUCGUGCUGAAGAUCCUGCAUCGUGCGUUAAUGGGAAUACCCGUUCAUGAUCACGACACUCAAGCCAUUUCCCCGUUUAACAAAGGUCAUCUCGUCGUGCUGCAAAGAUUAACACGGCCCUGGUACAUACUCGACAAUAUUUACAAAUUUUCGUCAAUUUCCAAAUACGAAUCGACACAGAGAUUGACACUGAAGGAGUUUGCGAAGAAGAUUUUAGACGAACGUCGCGCGAACGUCGGCAAAGGUGAAUGGUGCCUUUUGGAUUCGUUAAUUAAAGUUUCAGAAACAAAUCCGCACUUUGAUGAUAAGAACAUUGUCGACGAAAUAUGCACGUUUAUGCUUGCCGGCCAAGACUCCGUUGGAUCGGCCACAUCAUUCACGCUGUACAAUUUGGCGAAACAUCCCGAAAUCCAGCAGAAUGUCGUGGAUGAAUUGGACGCGGUGUUUCGCGAUUACGGAGGAAUUAACGGGGAAAGUCUGAAUAAAAUGGUGUACUUGGAACAAUGUAUAAAGGAAACGUUAAGAUUAUACCCGAGCGUCCCAGUUAUUUCUAAGAAGUUGGUGGAAGACGUCCAGCUAGGAAAGUACACCUUACCGAAAGGCUUAAAUGUACUUAUAUCCCUAAUUGGCAUGCAGCGAUUGGAGGACUACUACCAAAAUCCAAACAAGUUUGAUCCAGAACGAUUCGCACCAGGCAAUCAAAAAGGUCUAAAUCAGAAUGCCUUUAUUCCGUUCAGCGCAGGACCUAGAAAUUGUGUAGCCAAUAAAUUCGCGUUAAUGGAAAUGAAAGCUAUAAUCGCAAUGGUUUUACGUCACUUUAAAAUUACACUGCCUCCCGAUUAUCAACUGCAACUACGGUAUAGGGUAACACUAAGGGCCAGGGGUGGAAUUCGGCUUAGAUUGCAACCACGAGAACAAAGUGAUCUCCGACAAUAGUGUUUGUAUCGAGUUUACAAAAAAUAAAGUUUCAAGUAUGGUGUUAUUCAUUAA